AUGGAUCUUUACGACACCGUAAAAGAUAACAAGCCGUGGUAUGACAAACUGGAGACAGCGAUGAGAAAGAUAUUCUUUUGUUUUGGAAAGAAAGAGCCUACACCUCCAACAACUGAACCGGAAGCGGAUGUACCUCAAAGUGAUCCUCAUGAUCAAAACGAGGCUUUGUUUCCUGGAGACCUUUCUAAGACUGUAGGCCCUGGGUUUAAUUAUAGAGACAGUCCUCUACAUUCGUCACUUCGCUACGAUCGUCGAAGGGAUGCAGCGAAGAGAGGAAGAUCUGAUUACCUUGAAAGCAUGCUGGAGACAGAUUUCAAAAAAGAAAAUUUUGAAAGAGAAGAGGAAUUUCAUGAAAAUAACCCUCUUGAUGUUCGAACCUGGCUUCCAUUCGGCAUGAAG